CUUGUUCAUUCUUCUUUUUACCCGCACACACACAAACACAAAGAAAUGUCAAUCCUCCGUAAAUUUCCCAUUGAAAUUCACCGCUGUAUAUUGGAAUUGCUUCCAAGAGAGACAGUCUAUCAAUGUAUGUUUGUUUGCCACCAGCUCUCUUCAUUCGCCAUACCCAUCUUUUAUUCGACUCUCACAUUGACCGGGAAACAAAUUGAUUUUUGGAACUCAAAAUUACUCCUGUCUGAGCAAGAUCAACAAUUCGCGCAUGGCAAAUUCGUUCAAGUCUUGGUCGCUCCACCGAUAGGCUUCAUGUUUGGAUUUGCCUACAAACAUUUUCUCCAAAUGUAUCUAGCUGAAUUACGGGUAAGCGGCGAAGAAGAGGAGGAGGAAGAGGAGAAUGAAGGCUUCUUAGACGAGGAGGAGGAUGAAGAAGAGGAAGAAGAGGAAGAGGAUGAAGAGGAAGAAGAGGAAGAGGAAGAGGAUGAAGAGGAAGAAGAGGAAGAGGAAGAGGCAGAGGUAGAGGAAGAGGAAGAGGCAGACUCAUUUUUAUCCAUCCCUAAAUUCAGUUCGGUAGCGUUUACCAAGCUAUUAUCGUAUCUACCCAAUCUAAAAACAAUUGAUCUUUUUAGCAACGCUUACUACGAAUUUUAUAUUACUAUAUUGGCCAAUUAUGGCAAAGAUAAUUUGCGCAGAUUACAUGAAAUCAAGAGCCAUUUCCCAUUUACACAAACACAUUUAGCAGCAUGUUACGAAUAUCGACAAUCCAUUACCCAUCUCGAUUUCUUUUAUAAAAGUUACCAUAUUGGCGACUUGUUAUUACCACCGGCAGACAUUCUGCCGCAAUUUACCUCAUUAACCAGUCUCAAAGUGCUUAAUUUCGAAACAGAUCAAGAAUUAUCGAUUUUUGAUAUCAUGCAGCUAUGCCCUCACCUCGUUUCACUGGAGUUUGAAAGCAAUAGGUCCGGAUUAAACAAAAGGACAGAAACAUCUUUUUCGCAGGAAACAGAUCCGUUGUUACGACUGAAAAAGUUGGGUUUAGUGAUACCCAUCCUUGUGCCAGCCUAUGUGCGUUACAUCACCUACGAAUUACCCAACCUGACAUCAUUAACCAUCAGUCUAUUCAAAGUUCACUUUGUGGAAUUUUUAGAUGAAUGUGAUACCCAACUCAUCGUGGCUUUCAUCCACCGACUUUAUCAACUGGACCAUUUGCAAUUAGAUACAGGCAUUGAUCCAGCGGAUCGCAUCCAUGGUGAGAUUACACAAUUUAGUGAACUUUUGGAAUUCAUAGAAGAUAUCUAUCCAGAAUGCUAUAAAUUGCUCAAGUUUUAA